AUUUGAACGAUAGGUGAUGGAGUUGAAGCAGAAGAGGAUCGUUUCUAAAAGUGUUGCUAUGAGAAAAACAAACCGUAGGAGCCCGUUGAAUGAGCCGAGAAACUGAGAAGUACCUGAUGCAGAAAGGAGGUUAAACCGCUCAGUUAACAGUAAAUAGCUCUACAGGGAGGAUCUUCCAGUACCCUCUCAGCGGUCUUCUCCAGAUCCAGACUAAGCGCAAGUUUAGGGAGGAUGAAUUCGAGCAGCCUUAUUACAAGUUUGUGAAAGUCCGAAAAAUAUUUUUGAAUGGAAAAGGACUGUACGAACUCAAGCUUGUCCAAUAUUGUUUCGUAAACUCCAAUCUGCCGCUCUACAAUGCUGUUCCGCUUAAUAUGAUGCUGACUGAAAAUGAGGAAAAGAGAAAGCAAAGACUUCCCAGUAUUGGGGAAGCAGGGGUAGACGAUUCUUAUAAUGUAUUAGCCUGCGGACGCAAAUAAAAGGAAAUAUGUAGUUAAAAGAGAGAGGAAAAAGGCUAUUAACCCCUACAAAAUGGCCAAUUCGAAGAAAAAGUUCAAGAAAUUAGACAAUAUUUAUAAAAGAAUCAACUUUAGGAUGAUUCAGGAGUCUUUCCAGCAGCUUAAGGACCAUUUCGAAAGCGAUUUUGAAGGAAUUGAUUCAGAUAAUAACUUCUACGAAGGUGUAAGCGUCUCUGUUAAGGAACCUCUCCCACUUUCAUUGCUAAAAUCAGGAUUGAACCCAUACAACAGUAUUUCAAUGUCGCUGAUGCCACAGGUUAUGAUAUUUGCUUAUGAUAGGAACCCAGAAGUCAUCAAGCCUAGGAAGUAUUCAAUUAGCGCCAAAAAGGUGGACAAAGAAGCAUACCUCAAGAGAUGAAAGCAAGGCCUCAAUGUGGUCUCAAACAUUCUCUCCAGAGUUGAGCUUAGUCGUAAGAAGAUCAUCUGGGAUGUUCUCGAAGAGAUAAGAAUCUCUGAAACAGAUAAAAUCAUAUGAAGAAAGUCGUUAGAGAAGGACUCUGAUUCCAAAUCCAUGUUGAAGUCUCCCUCUAUGAACGAGAAGACUGAGCCAAGUACUGAGAUCGACCAGCAGGUGAUUGACAAGACUGACUUAGACUAUUACUUCUUGGAAAAACUUGAGCAAAUGCGUGAUAAAGGAAUCAAGGACGAGGAAUACGACUUAAUUGAACAAAAUGAAAAGUAUUCACUGGAAAGGGAUGAUACAAGGUUUGAUGAGGCCGGGUAUCCCUCUGAUCAUGAAAAGUCAGAUAAUAAUGUAUCAGAGAGACUCAUUAGUAAGCUAAACAGAGGCUCAAAGGAUCUUGGCAACGGCAUCUUAGCUGAUUAUGAGGAAGAAGAACAGGUGUACUAUUGUCAAGAUGGUGAUCUUAGGGAACAAGUUCAUCAAAAUCCCAUGUCGCUCAAAUCAGUCGAGGAUAGAGGAGAUAGCUCAGUUUAUACACUUGAGCUUAAGUCGAUCCUUAAGGAUUGAAAUCUAAACGCCCGCUUAUCCGACUUAAACAGUGAUUUAACUUUGAGCAAAUGAAUAACAGGAUCUCUGGCCGACUCUAAAAAUAGUGACAUGAACUUCACUGGUAAAAUUAUGAAUGAAGAUAUUGAAAUGAUGUCAAAAGAGAUAGAGCAAAUUCGAGACCAGAUCCUUAAUAGCUCAGAGUUAGCCAUGUCCAAAAAGUAUGCCUCCUCUGGGUGUAAGACAUCUCCUAAAAGGAGAGGAUUGGGCUCACAGUUUAUAAAUACUCUCAGACUUUCAUCGAGUGAUGACGGAUACAUCGAAGACUCUGAUUAAUUAAAAUGGUUUGCCACCAUCCAUUUAUUUUCAGUAUUAAUAAAU